AUGGCUGAUGAAGAAAAAAUAACACAACCUGCAGCUGGUGAUGUGUCCUCCACGUCCUCGGGCUCCAAGGACCUAGAAGCCACGGCGGCCCAGAACAACGACGAAAAUGAAAUCCUUGUGUUGAAACAUCAUACUUCCGCGGAGAUAGAAUCAAGUGGAAAUUGGUAUGAUAAAAGUGUAUCAAUCUUUGGACAUAAGGUCCGUUAUUCAAAUGCAAUGACUCAAAUCAUAAUGGUUGCAUUUGUUAUAUUUAUGACGCCCGGUAUGUUUAAUGCUCUUUCUGGUAUUGGUGCUUCUAUUAGUGACAAGAGUACUUCCGAUAACGCGGCAGUCGCUUUGUACUCGACUUUUGCUACAAUUGGGUUCUUUGGUGGUACUAUAUGUAACACCAUUGGUGUUAGACUGUCCUUGAUUUUCGGUGGUACUGGAUACGCAUUGUAUGCUGGUUCGUUGUUGUGUUUUAACCACACUGAAAACAAAGGAUUUGUUAUAUUUUCAGGUGCUAUUUUGGGUGUAUGUGCAGCUGUCCUUUGGUCUGCACAAGGUUUGGUCGUUUUGAGUUAUGCUACCGAGGAAAAUAAGGGUAAAGCAAUCAUGGUGUUUUGGGUUAUUUUCAACUUGGGUGCAGUUAUUGGUUCAAUUAUUCCCUUGGCUGACAACAUGGAAAACCAAACUUCUUCAGCUAAUGAUGGAACAUUUAUUGCAUUUAUUAUUUUGAUGUGUUGUGGUUCAGCUAUUGCGUUUUUCAUGUUACCAACUUCAAAAGUCUGGAAGCUGGAUGGUUCAAAAGUUAUCUCUCAAAAGCAUCCUAAUUGGAAAACAGAAUUAAUUGACUUGUUCAGAUUACUUAUCAAAGAGCCCAAAAUUCUUUUUAUGUUCCCAAUGUUUUUCGCAUCCAAUUGGUUCUAUACCUAUCAGUUCAAUAAUGUUAACCAUGGUAUGUUUAAUUUACGUACUAGAUCACUUAACUCAUUACUUUAUUGGUUUGCACAAAUGAUUGGUGCCAUUGUCUUGGGACUCAUAUUGGAUUUCAAACGCUUUAAACGUUCAACUCGUGCAAAGAUUGGUUGGAGUAUUUUGUUCUUAACCGGUUUGGCCAUUUGGGGUGGAGGGUUGAAAUUCCAGUUGCAGUUCACUCGUGAAGAAACCGAAUCUGAGCCACCAUUAAUUGAGCCAAUGGAUUUCAAAGACGGAAAGUAUAUUGGACCAAUGUUCCUUUACAUUUUCUACGGAGUUUAUGACGCUAUUUUCCAAACAUUUGUUUUAUGGACUCUUGGUGCGUUAUCAAAUAAUCCAAAGAAAGUGGCAUUGUAUGCUGGAUUUUACAAAGGUAUUCAAUCCGCUGGUGCUGCUAUUGCCUGGAGAUUGGAUGCAAUCAAGGUUCCAUAUAUGGAUUUAUUUGCUUCGUCUUGGGGUUUGGUCCAAGGUUCUCUUUUGAUUGGAUUACCUUUGAUUUGGUUUAAAAUAAAGGACCACACUGAUGCUUUGAAAGACGGAAUGGAUGACGUUGUUGGAUUAGAGGAAAUUGAAGUUGUUAAAUCCAAUGUCGAGCACAAGGAGUAG